CUGGGAGGGACGAGGGGUGCCUGCCAGAAGAACAGAGCAGAAUGGCAGAGUAAAUAGAAAGUCCCGAAACCGCUCACUUGCUCCAGCUGUCAAGAAGGGGAGGAGAAACCCUGUGGGACUGGGGAGAAGGGAGGGAGCUGUUAGGAAGUUAUUUAAGAGCCAACUUUCUUGUCGUUUCUUCCUGCGUCCUUUUGAGGAAGUACCCUAGAGACACACAGAGCCAGCCUGUGCUAGGACACCUCAGGCGGGGACCGCAGGACUCGAGAAACUGAAAAUGACGGAGACCCCCAGGCCCGCCUUUGGAGGCAGGAGAGCUGUCCCCCUCAACAACUCCAAUGCUGAAGAGAACAACCCCCCCACUGAGGAGCUGCUGGGCCUGGUGCCCCGAGGUGUCAACCUGCAAGACUACCUUCAUGUUACGACUGUUCACCUGUUCAAGGAGCCAUGGGACACCAACAAAGUGGAUCACCACACUGACAAGUAUAACAACAACAAGCUAAUUGUGCGUAGAGGACAAUCUUUCUACAUCCAGAUCGAAUUCAAUCGUCCAUACAACCCCAGAAAAGAUCUCUUCAGGGUGGAAUAUGUCAUUGGGCGCUACCCUCAGGAGAACAAGGGAACCUACAUCCCAGUUCCUGUCGUUCCUGAGCUGCGAAGUGGCAAAUGGGGGGCCAAAGUCAUCAGCACAGAGGACAGGUCUGUCCGGCUGUCCAUCCAGUCUUCCCCGGAGUGCAUUGUGGGGAAAUUCCGCAUGUACAUUGCCGUCUGGACCCCCUAUGGUAUACUCCGCACCAGCCGGAACCCAGAAACCGACACCUACAUUCUCUUCAAUCCUUGGUGUGAAGAGGAUGCUGUGUACCUGGAAGAUGAUAGAGAGAGAGAAGAGUAUGUCUUGAAUGACAUCGGGGUUAUUUUUUACGGAGACUUCAAUAACAUCAAGAGUAGAAGCUGGAGCUAUGGUCAGUUUGAGGAUGGCAUCCUGGACGCUUGCCUGCACAUGAUGGACAAAGCACAGAUGGACCUUUCCGGCCGAGGGAAUCCCAUCAAAGUCAGCCGCGUUGGGUCUGCAAUGGUUAAUUCCAAAGAUGAUGAAGGUGUGCUGGUUGGAUCCUGGGACAAUGUCUAUGCCUAUGGCGUGCCCCCAUCAGCCUGGACUGGAAGCAUUGACAUUCUGUUGGAAUAUCAGAGUUCUCAGAAUCCAGUUCGGUAUGGUCAGUGCUGGGUUUUUGCUGGUGUCUUUAACACAUUUUUGCGAUGCCUUGGGAUACCAGCAAGAGUUGUUACCAAUUAUUUCUCAGCUCAUGAUAAUGAUGCCAAUUUGCAAAUGGACAUCUUCCUGCAAGAAGAUGGGAAUGUGAACUCCAAACUCACCAAGGAUUCAGUGUGGAACUACCACUGCUGGAAUGAAGCCUGGAUGACGAGGCCUGAUCUUCCCGUUGGAUUUGGAGGCUGGCAGGCGGUGGACAGCACCCCCCAGGAAAACAGUGACGGGAUGUACCGGUGUGGCCCGGCCUCUGUUCAAGCCAUUAAGCAUGGCCACGUUUGCUUCCAGUUUGAUGCACCCUUCGUUUUUGCAGAGGUCAACAGUGAUCUUGUUUACAUUACAGCUAAAAAAGAUGGCACUCAUGUGGUGGAAGCUGUUGAUACCACCCACGUUGGGAAAUUAAUUGUGACCAAACAAAUUGGGGGAGAUGGCAUGAAGGAUAUUACUGAUAACUACAAAUUCCCAGAAGGUCAAAAAGAAGAGAGACUGGCCCUGGAAACGGCCCUGAUGUACGGGGUUAAAAAGCCCCUCAACACGGAAGGCAUCAUGAAACAGAGGUCUGACGUGGACAUGGACUUUAAAGUGGAAAAUGCCGUGCUGGGAAAGGACUUCAAGGUCACCAUCACCUUCCAGAACAACAGCCCAAAAGCUUACACCAUCUCAGCCUAUCUCUCGGGCAGCAUCACCUUCUACACCGGCGUCUCCAAGGAGGAAUUCAAGAACGAGACAUUUGAAGUGGCUCUGGAUCCCUUGUCCUUCAAGAAAGAGGAGGUGCUGGUCAGAGCCGGCGAGUACAUGGGCCAGCUGCUGGAGCAAGCGUCUCUGCACUUCUUUGUCACGGCCCGUGUCAAUGAGACCGGGGAUAUUCUGGCCAAGCAGAAGUCCACUGUGCUGACCAUCCCCAUGAUCACCAUCAAGGUCCGUGGCGCUCAGAUGGUUGGUUCUGACAUGGUUGUGACAGUUGAGUUCACCAAUCCCUUAAAGGAAUCACUGAAAAAUGUUUGGAUACGCCUGGAAGGUCCUGGAGUGAUAAAACCAAUGAGGAAGAUGUUCCGUGAAAUCCGGCCCAACUCCACUGUGCAAUGGGAAGAAGUGUGUCGGCCUUGGGUCUCCGGCCUUCGGAAGCUGAUGGCUAGCAUGACCAGCGACUCCCUGAGACAUGUGUAUGGCGAGUUGGAUUUGCAGAUUCAAAGACAACGUACUGUGUAAAUGCACAGGAGGCUGAGACAGACCCAGGCACUUGGCCUCUUCUAGUCUUGGCUGAGGAAAUUCUACUGCAAAAAUAGUUAGCUCUUGCUUUAACUUAGUUGUGAAGACCCAGGCAGGACAGGACAGAGUGCCAGAGCGGGGAUGCUGUGUAUUUCAGCGAUAGACUUGCCCAAACUCAGGCUAUUCAUAGUGGGAGCUAGUUUUUCAUCGCUCUACCUUCCAAAGGAUUCUGAGGAUUAGCUUUAAUUAAGCCCUAAUUAAACUCUCAUAUCUCAUAAGAGUAAAAGUCAUCAUUUAUCAUCACAAAUGGCUGCAGCUUCAAAUAUCAGAGGACUUCCCUUAGCAAGGGGAUUUGCUAAAUACCUGGCCUCAUGUAAAACAAGAUUUCUGGUCCCCCAUUUCUACUUUUAUAAGGGUGAUAUACUCCCCCAAAUGGAGGGAAGCACAUGAUUCAGUCCUAAAAUCCUAUUUCCCUUUCUUAGAAGCAGGUUCUGCCCUCCGUGUCAGAAUAUUUUUCCCCAUGGAUUGAGUACAACAUCAUUUGUCUUCUUGGCAAAGCUCAGGAAAGGUCUUUUAUCUUGCACCUGCAGCAAAGCAACUGCCUGCCAAAUUUCACAGAUUUGCCUUGUGAGAAGAUGUGGCCCCCUAUUAACAAAUUGCAUUUGUGAGAAACUUAAUCACCUAAGAGGAACUAAGAAAGCAGGUGCAAUGCUCAGAUCUAUUAAAUAAUGCAGUUUUAUGGUGCAUUUUAUAGGCAGUGUCACACCAUGGCCUGAUUAGCAGGAAUCAAUAGCCCUUACUUUAACCCUUUCUGGGCUGCAGUACAGGCAUACCUCAAACCACCACAAUGAAGUGGAGUAUCCUAAUAAAGUGAGUUGUAGUUGUUUUGCUGGUGAAGGGUCUUGCCUUCAAUUUGUAAAAAUUGCAAGGAUGCCUGUACUAGAAAUUAAUGAGUCUAGCUUGCAAUGGGAAGAAUCAGGAAUUAGACUCUUUAAUUAGUAAUUAUACUUCACCUGUCUCUCUGGGAUCAUUUUGCAUAAUGAUACAUUUUAGAGACAGAAUAUGCCCAACAAUAUGGAGAAGCAGGAAGAUUUAGUGACCAAACCUGUGGGAGGAUGGGCAGCCACUAAUUCUCUCUUGUCCUUCACAUCACCCAUGUUCAGACCUCAGGUCAUCACUCAGAUGCUGAGAAGUAAUAUGGACUCUGCCUUGCAAACAGCUAGUAGUACUGCAGACCCUGUAACAGAGGAUUCUGACAUCAUUUGUAUUGUGCUCCAAGGUAUUUAUUUGCAAAGCUGAUGCAUGGUCAGAAUUACCCCACUGAUAUGUCUAGGGUGUGAUUUAGGUCAGUAGAUUGUGAUUCUUAACAAACAAACAAAAAAGAGCAGAAGAAACCAGAGGGAGAGGCCAGAAUGGAAUUCUUAGUCUGUAUAACCACAUUUCUAAGUCUUUGAGACUGUUUAUGAGCUUUUAGCACCAGGGUCCAUGAAGGUAGCUAGUUCCCUAUGGGCACAUCAUACUAACUUUACUAAGUAAUCUCCCAGCAUUUGCCAAGCCUUCCAAUAUCCAAUUUUAAAGUUAAAGGCAUUCUGUGAGACUGUCAAGCCGAUUUAAUGUAGUAUAUUCUUAUUAACUAGAAUGUAAUCAAAGCUUAAAAUAAAGUUAACCUGAUUGUGUUUGCAUCUGCACAAAAGUGAA